CCAGUGUGUGACGUCACUGCCGGCCGGGCGCCAUCUUGUUAGAUUGCGACCGGCCUCGGACUCGGGGGUGGUGGUGGUGAGGGCGUGGGGAAGGGUGGGGUGUGGGGGCGAGGCGGCGACGAGGGCGGCGACACUCUCCUCCCCUGGGCUCCACGGCGUGGGACGGCGCGGAACGUGGUUUCGGAGGGAUGUCCGCCUUCUCUGAGGCGGCGCUGGAGAAGAAGCUGUCCGAGUUGAGCAACUCGCAGCAGAGCGUGCAGACCCUGUCCCUGUGGCUCAUCCACCAUCGCAAACACUCGCGGCCCAUCGUCACGGUGUGGGAGCGGGAGCUACGCAAAGCCAAACCCAACAGGAAGCUUACUUUUCUCUACUUGGCCAAUGAUGUCAUUCAAAACAGCAAAAGGAAGGGGCCAGAGUUCACAAAGGAUUUUGCACCAGUAAUAGUGGAGGCAUUCAAGCAUGUUUCAAGUGAAACUGAUGAAAGUUGUAAGAAGCACCUUGGGAGAGUGUUAUCUAUUUGGGAAGAACGAUCUGUUUAUGAAAACGAUGUAUUAGAGCAACUUAAGCACGCUCUGUAUGGAGAUAAGAAGACGAGGAAGCGGACUUAUGAGCAAAUAAAGGUGGAUGAGAAUGAAAAUUGUUCCUCUCUAGGGUCCCCAAGUGAGCCACCACAGACUCUCGACCUUGUUAGAGCAUUACAAGAUUUAGAAAAUGCAGCCUCAGGUGAUGCAGCAGUCCAUCAAAGGAUCGCUUCUUUGCCUGUUGAAGUUCAAGAAGUAUCCCUGCUUGAAAAGAUAACAGAUAAAGAAUCUGGAGAAAGACUUUCUAAAAUGGUAGAAGAUGCUUGUAUGCUGCUGGCAGAUUAUAAUGGCAGACUGGCGGCAGAAAUAGAUGAUAGAAAGCAGCUCACUCGGAUGUUAGCAGAUUUUCUUCGUUGUCAAAAGGAAGCCCUUGCAGAGAAAGAACAUAAAUUGGAAGAAUACAAGCGCAAGUUAGCCCGAGUUUCCCUGGUACGCAAAGAACUCAGAGCCCGGAUCCAGAGCCUGCCAGAUUUAUCUCGUUUGCCCAAUGUCACUGGCAGUCACAUGCACCUGCCCUUUGCGGGGGACAUCUACAGUGAAGACUGACGGCCAGUCUCCUCCAGGGCCAGGACUUUGGCAGACAUGGAGACAGGUUAGGUGAAUAGUCCUGUAGAGUUAUUUUUGUACAUUGUUGAGAAUGGUACUAACACAAGAAAUGACAAGGAAGUAUAAAAUGUUAAAAUGUUGGUUUGUUUUACUAUUUUAUUAGUGAGUUAACAUGACUUAGUUAAAACCAAGUGAUGAUUUCUGUGUAUUAAUGAACUUAACAAUUAUUUUCGAAAAAAUCUUUUGUAAGUUUUUUUUUUAUCCAAGGCCUUGUGAGAAAAUUCAUGUUUCUAUUUCUUCAUGUAUUUUCAACUAUUUUUCUUUAUUUUUUUUCAGUAUCUAAUCACUGUACACUAUCUAAUUCCUAAUGAGAAGAACUGAUCAGGAGCUGAUGUGAGGCUGUUUAUGGGAUCGUUAGGACUUGAUUAUAGAAGAGAUUAAUGUUUCAACUUCACCUUACUCUUGCCACCCAAAUACCGGUUCUGUGUGUCCUCAUGCCUUUUGAGUUUUAACACUAGACUUGGAUGCCGUGUGCAGGAUCAAAUUAAAGCCUAGAGAACGUUCCCCGGCAGCACUAUAGUACUUCCAUCCCAAGUGCCAUCCCAGGAUAAAAGGUCUGUUAAAUAGACUCCCUUGAUCACACUAUCUAGAACUAAGUGCAUUUAAUGCUUUAAGAAUGUUGUGAGUUCUGAUGUCCUAGCAAGAGGACAGCUCCAGCUCUCCAGCUGACCGCUCUGUCAGGUCAGUCUUCUUACAUCAGAUCCCUUUAACAAACACCAGCUGUGGGGAGUAAAGGAGGCAUCAGACAGAGAUGUGCUUAAUCCCUGUCCUGUAAUGUAAACAGUAGCUCUUAACUUGGUUAGCUCAACAACUCAGUAUCCAUAAUGUUCAACUAAGUAGCCCGAAACAUUUUAUUUCCGUAAAGUUUUUGAAUGAUUAUAUUUUGGAAUUAAGCUAUGCUGUAAUACAGGGUAGAUCUGGUGAAUUUUAUAUUUGUAUGUUUACAGAUGUAAAUACACAACAAAUGUACCUUUAACUUUACUUGAAUCUGGUGUGUUAGAGCAGGUGCAUGCUCUCCAGCUUUCUUUUAAGUUCCAUUGUGGACCUGCAGGUUUGUGUUUCAUAACAACAGAAGGGAGAGAUUUUUCUCCUUUAUUGCUUUGCAUUUCUCAUGUAAUCAGAGUGAAAGUAAAUAGUUAAUAGAACACCUUUUAAAUUUCACAGGCCAAUUAUACUCACUACUCUGAAUGGCUUCACUGUUUCUUUCUCAGUAUUAGAGGUUAUAGUUGAAAUGAAUUUACAUGUGAAGAAAUGACAGGUAAUUUAUCUUUAAUAGCCAGUAGAUUUGGGAACAGUGCUUUAAACACUGACCUCUCUCCGAAACAGAGUUACAUGUAUGCAUCACCCCGUCCCCUGCAUGUCCUAUCUUCCACUGAGUUAGACAGCUCUUGGGAGUUAGGGCACAUUUCCUCACAGAACCCGUAGCUCUUCUCUCUGCACCCUGCUGAAGCUUACCUGGGAGCCAGAACCACUCGACCAUGGAUAAUUGUAAUGUGGCUGACAAGUGGCUCGUGCACAUCCUGAGCAGCAUUUGUCUGUCACAGGAAGGAGUUUGUGUGCAGCAGCCAGACCCUCACAAUGGGGUGUCUGCCAGGCUGUGCUAUCUUUUCCUCAGGGGUAGGGAUCGAAGAAAAGAUUCAGCAAAGGAGAUAAACACUACACACCCUGAUUAGGCCUGUGUUGAAAGUAUGCCAAGUAAGUUAGUUUUUGUUGUUGAUGUUUUUGAAAGCAAAAGCUUUGUGUGUUAACUUAUUUUCAGUAUCUUGAACUUAUUUAUGAUUUGCUGACAUGGUGAUUUAUCCAUCUAAAAUACAUACUUUUCCAUUUAAAACUAAUUUAUAAAUGGUAUACUCUUGGGAAGAUAUAAACUCUUUUAGAAGUUUCCUGAAAUAUUUUCACCAUGAAGACAGACUUAGAUACUCUUUUGAUGCCACUAUUUGAUCUAAAUAUUUAAGAUAAAAUGUAUUAUUUUUUUAAAGAGUGUGAUGAGAUCUGUGAUAAAUGCUAGUACUCAAGACCUGAAUCCCCCAAACCUGUUGUUGGUUAGCUCACUAAGUGAACACAGACUGUAUAGUUUGUUCUAGAAGUAAGUUUUUCAGCCUUACAGUAGUUAACAUUCCUUUCUGAAAGGAAGACCAAACUUAAUGGGCUUAAACCAGGCAUGGUAAAUGACUCUGAUUUCAGUACUUGGGAGGCAGAUCUCUGAGUUCAAGGCCAGCCUGUUCUAUAGAGUGAGAUCCAUGCCAUUAGUUACAUGAGUGAGAUCCUGCAUUGAGAAGAGAAAAAAAAUAAAUGGGCUUAGGUGAGGGGUAUAAAAUACCAAACUGUAAAUCAUGCACAUAUUCUCUACCAUGUACCUGAGGCAAAUUACAAGCAUGGGAACAACCUGGUCUAGUCCUCAAGGGAAAGUGUGUCACAUUGUAGCAAGGUCCUGUGCUGUGAAUGGACACCAUUCCUCUUUUCUCCACAAACAGUGCAGAGAGCUGUCGGAGUGGCAAUUUGAGCAGAUUCCUGGUGCUCCCUCUGCUCCUACAACAUUACAGUAAGUAAAUGAACCAUAGGGGGAGCUGGGAGCCUGGAAAUGAGCUGUGCUCUGUAGCCAGCCUUCCCUGAGGAAAACCAUCCCACCUGUAGCUUUUGUGAUAGCUGUCCACAGCAUUCUGAAUCAGGAUUUUUCUAUAAGAAAUCCUUUAGCAUUAACAAAAGCUAGGAUGACCCACCCAUCAUGCUUUUCAGAGUUCAGAGAAUGUUGUCUGCUGCCACUGUCAUGAGUAGCAUCAUGGUGUGUGGUUCAUGAACUGAGUUUGGAGAGGACAAUGACUGGGAGGUAGGAGGGCCUUCCUCAGUUCCCACUCUGAAAUCGACAGGAUGUGAAGUAAUGCAAAGCCCCUACAUUGCUUUACUUGCUCUUAGGAGUUACUCCUGAAGAUGAGCCCUGCUUCUCAGUUGUGCUAGAAAAAGCUUUUGACGGUGUGAAUUCAGUUCUUUGUACAGAAAGGGAACACUGGGUUACUUAAUGGAUUUGUGUAUACACAGCAUCUGUUGCCAUCUAGUCUAAGCUGUCAGGAGCACAUGGGAAAAGGAUACUCCGUCUUUUAUAAACCCUUUUCUUUGACUGUAUUUGAUGACAGUGUAAGAUCUAAAUAAAGUUUUAUGUUCUUUUUGAA